AUGAGAUCUCACACGGGCGAGCGGCCGUUCAGCUGCGACAUCUGCGGCAAAGCGUUUGCAAACAGCUCCCAUCUCAAGCGGCACAAGUUUUCGCACACGGGCGGAAAGCCCAACGAGUGUCCGCACUGCAAGGCGCGAUUUACGCAGCACGGCAGUCUCAAAAUGCACGUCAUGCAGCAGCACACGAAGACCGCACCAAAGUUCGAAUGUGAAAUUUGCCACACGAUGUUGGGCCGAAAGUCCGACUUGAAUGUUCACAUGCGCAAGCAACAUUCUUAUCAAGAGGUUCCCAUGCAAUGUCGCUACUGCGAAGAGGUCUUCCACGACAGAUGGUCGCUCAACCAGCAUCAGAAGACGCACCGCUUUAAUAAAAAUAAAUUAUAA